UCAGAGUGACUGGACAGAGGUUGCGGUGCCGGUGUGAUAGCUAGGGAUAUCCCAUUGAUGCUACCCUCGGCUAGAUGAGUGUCAUGUAACAAGUUAAAAUUUUCAUCUGAAAACAGAAAAUGGCUUCAAGAGGAGCAACAGAGACCAGUAAACUGAAACAAAACUUGGAAGAGCAGUUGGACAGAUUAAUGCAGCAGCUUCAAGAUCUGGAGGAAUGCAGAGAGGAGCUAGAUGCAGAUGAAUAUGAAGAAACCAAAAGAGAAACUCUAGAACAGCUGAGUGAGAUCAAUGACUCCCUGAAGAAGAUUAUGUCUGGAGAUAUGACUUUGGUGGAUGAGCUCAGUGGGAUGCAACUGGCAAUACAAGCAGCCAUCAGCCAAGCAUUUAAAACUCCAGAAGUAAUUAGAAUGUUUGCAACGAAACAACCAAGGCAACUGAGGACAAGGUUGGCAGAGAUGGACCGAGACUUAAUGGUUGGGAAAUUAGGACGAGCCAUCUAUACACAGCAGAAAGUGGAAAUCCUGACUGCUCUCAGGAAGCUUGGUGAGAAGCUUACCCCAGAUGAUGAGACAUUCUUGUCAGCAAAUGCUGGUGCAGCCCUGAGCCAGUUUGAGAGAGUCUCCACUGACCUUGGAUCAGGAGACAAAGUCUUUGCUCUAGCAAGUUUUGAAGUAGAAAAGGGAAAACAAUGAAGAGGUGCGUGAGGCCUUGUGUCUCUCCAGUUAUCAGCAGCAUUGGACUUCUGUCAUAUUGCAUUUGUUUUUUCUAUUUUUAACAUGUUGGAAAAAAGCAAGGCAAAACAAAACAUAAAUCCUCUUGGGUUCUUAACCAGAAGAUACGAAGCAAACAGCCUUAAGUGCA